AUGCAGAUGCUAGAAGCAGAAGAUGAACGAACGAUACUUGAUUACCUUAAUGAGGACUGCUGGCGCGCCGUGCUUCGAUAUGUGCCUGCGAAAGAUCUCAUAAGGACAGAGCGCGCCAGCCGCCGUUGGCAGGGGGUAGUGCAGACGUACUUGAUAGGAGCAGGAGUCCAUAUCUCAAUUGAGGAAUACGACAGUGAGAAGAAACCUAACGUCUGUAGGUUGAAGCGGUCUUCGUACGAGUCAUUUGAGGGAUGGACCAAGAAACUAGGCUCCACAGUUGUGGCCACUUAUUGCGUUGGUUUGAAGAGUCUGGCAGUUAUCAAAAAAAAUUGCCCUAACAUAGAAGCACUGAAGCUUCAGAAAGUGGAAUGCCGAACACCGAAACUACUGCGCCGACACAAUCUGCGUGAUAACUUUAAGUGCCUGAAACGGCUCACUAUAGAAUCCCGUGGCUUAACAGACAGCUGUGUGAACCAAUUCGUAGCAGAUAAAGCCUUAGAAGGACUAAAAUUUUACUGUUGUGACGCUGUGACCGGUGCUUGCUUGACAAAUAUGAACUUGUCAAAUUUAAAGUCCUUUGAGAUUGAAAUGUGUAGCGGUUUUGAGGCCAAACACGUGCUUCCAGCUUUUGACCGCCUCAGCGAGCUGACGAAGUUAAAACUGUGGAAUAUUUCGGGUGAAUUUCUUGAAGAAAUUCAGGUUGGGUUGGAUAAGAUGCCGAAAUUGGAGAAGUUAGAUCUGGAUGAUGAUGAGAGAAUGAGGGGGGAGUGUGGUCAGCAACUGAGUACGCUCACGCGGUUAAAGUUCCUAAGGCUGGCGUACCAGAUGUGUGACGAGGACAUAGAGGCAAUAACGCGGUGCUGCACGGAGCUGGUGAUUUUGGAUUUGUCAGAUUGUCGAUCGAUGUGGCGCCGCAGCGUGCGCUCGAUAUGGAAGAACGCGGGCGCGCGCCUCACGUCGCUGUCGCUCGGGCAGUACGACGACGUGAAGGACGCCGACAUCGUGGCGCUCAUCCGCGGCUGCCCGAACCUCACGGUACUGUACUGUAGCCAUGAUACCGGGGCCGACAUGGAGGAACAGUCGCCUCACGUCGCUGUCGCUCGGGCAGUUCGACGACGUGAAGGACGCCGACAUCGUGGCGCUCAUCCGCGGCUGUCCGAACCUCACGGUACUCUACUGUAGCCAUGAUACCGGGGCCGACAUGGAGG